UCCAAUCAGAAAGACUUUUGAAGUUCUCCUGCUGACUGGAGUUGGUCAGUGACACAUUUAGUGCAAGGUGUGGUUAAAAUUGUUGAAUUUUUGUUGAAGAUUAGUAAAAACCUCAUUAGUUCCAUUGUUAAAAGUCAUGGCAGGACGACUUCCAGCGUGUGUAAUUGAUGUAGGGACGGGAUACACAAAACUUGGUUUUGCGGCAAACAAGGAGCCACAAUUCAUAAUCCCGUCGGCGAUUGCUAUUAAGGAGUCCGCUCGAAUUGGCGAUCAGAAUGCCAGGCGUGUGACUAAAGGCGUCGAAGAUCUCGAUUUUUUUAUCGGUGACGAAGCGUUCGACGCCACCGGCUAUUCGGUCAAGUACCCCGUUAGACACGGCUUGGUUGAGGAUUGGGACUUGAUGGAACGGUUCUUGGAACAAUGCAUUUUCAAGUACUUGCGGGCAGAGCCGGAGGAUCACUACUUUCUACUCACUGAGCCGCCACUUAAUACACCCGAAAACCGAGAAUAUACGGCAGAAAUUAUGUUCGAAACGUUCAACGUUCCUGGACUUUACAUCGCUGUUCAGGCAGUUCUAGCUUUAGCAGCAAGUUGGGCAUCAAGGCCUGUUGAGGAGAGAACCCUUACUGGCAUUGUUGUCGAUAGUGGUGAUGGUGUGACGCACGUUAUCCCUGUGGCAGAGGGUUAUGUAAUUGGAUCAUGUAUCAAACAUAUCCCAAUCGCUGGUCGCAAUAUUACGUCUUUCAUCCAGAGUUUGCUAAGGGAGCGUGAAGUAGGAAUCCCACCUGAACAAAGCUUGGAAACGGCCAAAGCUAUUAAGGAAAAACAUUGUUACAUCUGCCCCGAUAUUGCGAAAGAAUUUGCAAAAUAUGACACUGAACCCGGCAAAUGGAUCCGUCACUACGAAGGCAUCAAUGCUGUUACAAAGCAAGCGUUCAAUGUAGACGUUGGUUAUGAAAGAUUCUUAGGCCCUGAAAUUUUCUUCCAUCCCGAAUUUUCAAACCCCGAUUUCACCAUACCAUUGUCCGAAAUAGUUGAUAAUGUGAUUCAAAACUGCCCAAUCGAUGUAAGACGGCCUUUAUACAACAAUAUUGUGCUCAGUGGCGGUUCCACCAUGUUCAAAGACUUUGGUCGAAGACUUCAACGAGAUAUCAAGCGAUCAGUCGACACAAGGCUCAGGAUCAGUGAGAAUUUAAGUGAAGGUCGUAUUAAGCCGAAACCAAUUGAUGUUCAAGUUAUUACACAUCAUAUGCAACGAUAUGCUGUCUGGUUUGGCGGAAGUAUGUUAGCAUCUACGCCCGAAUUUUACCAGGUAUGUCACACAAAAGCUGCCUACGAAGAAUAUGGUCCAGGCAUUUGCCGUCACAAUCCAGUGUUUGGAACCAUGACAUAAUUGUCAAUCAAAACGAAAGUCAUUCCAAUGUCACUAUUAAUUUUUAGAGAAAAGUGUAUGAUGUAACUUUGAACAAUAUUGCUAAAAUGUGUUUUUCAUAAUGUAAGCGUUUAAAAUUUGAAGAAUGGAUAACGUUGCAAAUAUAUAAUUGAAUAGGUCAUAAUAUGCU